GUAAUAUAUGUGAAGUCUUUUAAUUUGCCUUUCACCGUUUGCGAAGGCGGGGCGUAUAGUUCAUCCAUCAUCACGUGACACAGAGAUGCUCCAGACCUUCCGGAGAAAGCCAACAUAUGUUUGAUGGGCGUUUAUAAAUAUUACAGGCACCAUGUCGUCCAGCGUUGCUCAGAAUCUCCGGAUACCAGCUGUCUUUCUGGUUCAGCUGUCCCUACUUACAGACGUGAUUUCACUCGCAUAUGCUGAUAAAAGUUUUGAAGAUGUGCGUUGCAAGUGCAUCUGUCCACCCUAUAGAAACAUCAGUGGACAUAUCUACAAAAAGAAUGUGUCCCAGAAAGACUGUAACUGUCUGCAUGUGGUGGAGCCCAUGCCAGUGCCUGGCCAUGAUGUGGAGGCUUACUGUCUGCUUUGUGAGUGCAAGUAUGAAGAACGAAGCAGCAACACCAUUAAGGUGACCAUUGUAAUCUACUUGUCAGUGGUUGGAGCUCUUCUGCUGUACAUGCUGUUUCUGCUUCUGGUUGAUCCUCUGAUCCGCAAACAUGAUCCGUACACCAUGCCACUCCAGAACGAGGAGGAUUCUGAGGAUGUGAGGCCACGUGUGGAUGGUUCACAAGCUCGUGGGAACACUGUGCUGGAGAGGGUCGAGGGAGCUCAGCAGCGCUGGAAGAAACAGGUCCAGGAGCAGCGCAAGACUGUGUUUGACCGCCACAAGCUGCUCAGCUAAGCCCUCAGAUGGACUCCAUCUGUGUAAAAGGCCAACGGGCACCACUGACGGAGAUAACUUGCAUGAUGGUCUUAUAGUUUCAGCUUUUAUGACAAUAUGUUUUAUCAGUGGGCCUGCAUUAUCAUUAGUAUUAUAACCUUACCAAGACUGACUUGGUUGAUGCCAGCUUUCAAACUAAGCUGUGAAAAUAUAAAGCAACUUGUUUAGUUGCUUGCUUUUAGUAUAGAUAUUAAUGAAGAGAAUCAGCCAGCUCCAGUCGGUCUUACUCCCACAGUCACCUUUAUCUCACCAAAUAACUUGAAUAUAUUGGUGCUGUCACUACUUUGCUUGAAAUAGCAUUGCAAAGGAUGAGAUUAAAUGAGCCGUGGAAUCUGGGAGUAAUGAUGUGGACCUGUAUAUAAUGUACAGUUGAGGUUAAAAGUUAACAUACACCUUGCAGAAUCUGCAAAACGUUACUUUUUUUUUUUUUUUUUACACCAAAGUAAGAGGGAUCAUACAAAAUGCAUGUUCUUUUUUAUUUAGUACUGACAUGAAUAAGAUAUUUCACAUAAAAGACAUUUAUAUAUAGUCCUCAAGAGAAAAUAAUAGUUGAAUUUAUAAAAAUUACUGUUCAAGUUUACAUACACUUGAUUCUUAAUACUGUGUUAUUACCUGAAUGAUCCACAGCUGUGUUUUUUUUUUGUUUAGCGAUAGUUGUUCAUGAGUCCCUUGUUUGUCCUGAACUGCCUGCUGUUCUUCAGAAAAACCUUUCAGGUCCCACAAAUUCUUUGAUUUUUCAGCAUUUUUGUGCCUUUGAACCCUUUCCAACAAUGACUGUAUGAUUUUGUGAUCCAUCUUUUUACACUGAGGGACUCUAUUACAGACGGUUCAAAUGCUCACUGAUGCUCCAGAAGGAAACAUGAUGCAUUAAGAGCAGGGGGGUGAAAACAUUUUGAAUUUGAAGGUCAGGGUAAAUUUAUUUUGUCCUCUAGGAAACAUGUAAGUAUCUUCUGUAGCUUCUGAAGGGCAGUACUAAAUGGAAAAAAAUACGAUAUUUAGGCAAAAUAAGAAAAAAAGUACACCUCAGGUUAGUACUAAAUAAAAAAUAAUAUGCUUUUUGUAUGUUCCCUCUUAUUUUGAUAAAAAAAAAAAAAAAACAUUUUGCAGAUUUUGCAAACUUUUGACCUCAACUGUAGAUGCGCUUAUGAAUGUGUAGAAUGUCAUUGCACUGUUGACGCUUCACUUUGAAUUACCAAGAGAAUGUAUUGAAUGAGUUUUAUUUAUUUAUGUAUUUAUUUAUUUAUUUAUUUAUUUAUUUUUAUUUAUUUAUUUAUUUAUUUAUUUCCAAUUGGUAAUACCAUUUAGGAUGGCACAUGUCACAAGCAUAUAUCCUAAAUGUUGUCACAUUAUAACAAGUAAUCAAAAAUUGUAUAUAUUCACAAUAGUAAAGGAAAUAAGGGGCUUUAACUGAUAAACACUGUUGAAUAGUAUAUCAUAAGCUUUCUCAAAUAUGAUUGACACUUUUGUUGGAUUUUCUGAUAUACAGACAUCCAAAAAUAUUAAUUUUGCACCUCAAAAUGUGAAGGAAUUUGCAGGACUUUGCUUGACUAUCGUAUUUGCUGCUAUAAUCAUCUUUCCAGUAUGUAUCCAAGCAACUUACAGCUGUUUUACAGCUGAAAUAUUCUUGCUUAUGUGAAAAUGCACUGAAAUAUUAAAUAUUUAAAGA